CUUUUUUGGUUCCGGGCCUUGAAGGUUCCUGUGGUCCGAGGGACCCUACGGCUUUUUCCCAGAGCCGGAAUGGCCGCGGCCACCUAGCCGCCGGACGGCUCUGGACGAAGGAAGGCGAGGCUCGGGUGAGCCCCCCUCAGCGAUGGCGCUGCAGCUGCGGUUCUGGAAAUUGCCUUCGGCUUGCAGGAGCCUAGACCCGCCUGCGGGGUGGGGUCCGCCCGGCGCGCGCCGCUUCCUUGACGGGUCUGGCGGUUCGCCCUUCCCAGAGCGGGCCUGCGCCGCCCUCUCCAGCUCCACGCCGGCCGGGAGCCCUACCGAGCAGCCUUCGGAAAACGAAGCCGUCGCCCCCGAGUUCACCAACAGGAAUCCCCGAAACCUGGAGCUCUUGGCAGUGGCCAGGAAGGAACGAGGUUGGAGGACCGUGUGGCCCUCGCGGGAGUUCUGGCACAGGUUACGAGUUAUAAGGACUCAGCAUCAUGUAGAAGGGAUUGUUGAGCAUCGAAAUGGCCAGGUUGUGGUUUCAGCAUCCACCCGGGAAUGGGCUAUUAAAAAGCACCUUUACAGCACCAAAAAUGUGGUGGCUUGUGAGAGUAUAGGACGAGUGCUGGCCCAGCGUUGCUUGGAGGCAGGCAUCAACUUCAUGGUCUACCAACCAACCCCAUGGGAGGCAGCCUCAGAUUCGAUGAAACGCCUACAGAAUGCCAUGACAGAAGGUGGUGUGGUACUGAAGGAACCUCGGAGAAUCUAUGAGUAAAAAGCAGCAUUAUUUUGGAUGUGUACAUAUAAGACAGCUACUGCAGCCAUUCAAAGAAAGCAUUUAGAAGAACAAGCAGCAUGGAGUUGAGAGCAAUAAUGUAACAGAGGAAGAUGAUUUGUAGUUAGGGUUCCUUGUUCUUCUUAUCUGUGUAUGGUUCUAGAAUCAUUUUUAAUCAAGGCUAUUUUUUCUCCUUUCUUGACCCUAUUAAGUGUCCAUAGAUACUUAAGCUAUCUCACAGUAUCUAAGGGAGAUGAUCAUCAAUGACAUGUUAACUAUUUGAAGGCAAAGUUGUUUGUAAGUUACAAAAUAAAAGUAUAUUAGUAACUCUUUA